GACCGAAGUGUAACGCCGACGGUCGAGCACGAGCAACCCUCGGCAGGCUGCGACUGCUAUGGCUAUUGACCGAACUUGGCGGACCGGCCGGUCAGCUGUGCGCCGAGCCGCCGGAGAUAUUUUCUCUGGUAGGAAAUCGUCCGUGUAGAUGUAUGAUUCGCGGCCGGUGGCAACGGCAAAGAAAAGUCUAUUAGAGGACGGAAUCUAGUGUGUUAGAAGACGGGAUCUGUGGAAAAGUUAAAACGCUUCGACAAGGAUCGGCGAAGGUGGAAAGACAGAAGAAACCUAGAGACAAUAUCGGACAGCUAGACAGAGAGACCAUAUCAACGACUUGGGAUCCAGUGAAAGCCAAAAAGUUGGAAAUCUUCUCCGUAUGCUUGUGAAUAAUUUAAUAAACUUACUCAAUGAAAUAAGAGGACAUUGGUGAAACGGAAAAAAGAACAGACGGAAAAAAAAGAGAAGAGAUAGAGAAGAGAAAAAGGGAGAGAAAUUGAAGACUUGGCCCACGGUUAGUCGGCACGUAGACCGGCUGUGUAUGGCGAGCAGACGAAGUGAAGGAGAGAAAUAUAAGAGAGAGUAAAGGAACGAAACGUGAGAGAAAGAAACAAUAGUGGCAAAGGUAGAAAAAGAGAGAAAAGAGUGAAGGAACGAACAGCGGUUGAGAAAGAGAAAGAGAGGAGAGAGAAAGAAAGAGAGAGAAAGAGGAGUAUCGCGAAGGAAAGAGGCAGAUGUAUAGAUAGGUGUCGUGCACAUACAUGCAGAAAGUGACGUGUGUGCCGUCGUCGUAUGUGCAGGUGUGCGCGUGGUGCAGGCUGCCGGUGCAAAAAGUGCAGUGCCCAGUGGACUUUUCCAUCUCGUGCGUGCGCUGUUUCUACGAGUAGGCACGUAUAUGCCGGUGUUCCGGUGUAGACUGAUCGGAGAACGAAUAAUACGGUAAGAAAGUUUGAUAUCAUCGUUUUCUACGCCGGUUAUGCUCGAUUAACAAAAGAUUUAAAUUCGUUUAAAGAUUAAGUGCACCGAAGUUUUUUAGGAUGAAAUCGAAUUAGAAAUGUGUCAAUACACAAGAAGAAUUGUAAAAUUGGAAAAUAAGAAUUUUGUAAUAUAAUUUUGAAAAAAUUUUGAAAAACCUUUCGAAAUAUAUCGUUUGAAUAGAACAAUGAUCAAAGAGGAAAUUAUAUAUGUAUAACGAGAGAGAGAAAAGAAACGAGGUAAUAAGAUCGUCCGUGACAAACUGCUUUACCGACAGAUUCGUUGACUCGCUGUUGGUAAGAUACCUCUAUAGUGAUCUAUCGACGAGGAAGAACGUGAGGCAGACCGAGGAGACGCAGCAGUCGCAGAUUACUGGUGGUCGUGAUAAGGGCAAGCGCGGAUGUAUUCCGUUUUGUGGAUGUGAUCGAUGAUCUUUGCGCGGAUCGUUUGAAUUAAUAAAUCCACUUUAUUAUCUAGAAGAACAAAAAAUAUGGAAAGUUUCUUGAUCAGUUUUAUCGUGAUGAUCGAUUGUGAAAUUUUUAAAAAAGAAUCGUCUGAUUUUCGAGCAACGUUGUGUGACUUGAUGUGAACCUGUGAAAUUAGACGAACACGUUUCUUUUACAAAUGAUUCUUCUGUUUGCCUGUUGCCGCAACUUGAAAGCUAUUUUAUCUAAUCCGUCUUGAAUUAACGCAUACUAUUAAGACGAUAAACAGGAGCCGGUUGUUUCAUCGCAAUUAACGACGGUGAAGGUUAUGAAGAUCCGGAUCACUAACGUGCUUUUUUCACGCUCUCUAUCUCUCUGUCUACAAAGAAGAUUGUUUUUUAAUUUUCAACGAGAGAAUAGAGGUUACAAGAGAAGCUACGCGAAACGAGCAACAGAAGAGGAUAAACGUUAAUAGACACGUUUGCUUGAGUAGGCACAGUAAUCGGAGAUCGAGGUGCGCGCAUGUCGCUCGAUCCACGACCGAUUCGAUCUGAAGCGUAUAGCAAACUUGUUCGACCGCAUUGGUAAAAUAAUUCGAUCUAAUUGACGAAGGGAACCGCUUUAAGGUCACCUGGAAUUGCUCUCUCGAAUAACCCACGAGGUACUCUCUUCUCGUCUAUACAGGCUCGCGGGACUACGUUGAAAAUCGUUCGGUGUCGUUGCUUGACGAAACCGGUUUCGUUCGGCUCGGCGAAUCUCGGCGUUUAUACAAAGGUCGUGUGUGCGCGCACGAGAGAGAGUGGUAGGAGUGAGAUUUAUGAAAAACGAAUUUACGCGAGGUCACACCCACGGUAGUGACUCUCUUUCUCUCUUUCUCUCUCUCUCUCUCUCUCUCUCUCUCUCUCUCUCUCUCUCUUUCUGUUCUGUUUUAUUUUCUCCUCUUUAUCUGUCUUCCACCGUUGUCUGUCUAUUUCCAUUUCAAGCGUAUUAAUAAAAAAUAAUAAAGGACGAAAUUGAGAACCGAAUCACAUCGUUGGAUCACGUCACUUGAGAAGAGAUUAUUGGAAAUUCGACGGAUCUUUUUUUUUUUUCUUUUAUUCUCUUUAUCUCUCUUCAUGCUAAUAACGAGUGGAAUCUUUCCUUCUUAAAGAUAUCGACGUGUUUGGCGAUAAGCUAACUAUCGAAUAUGAAACGACACGUUUCUUCGUGGCUGAUCAGCAAUUAAUAAUGCGACAAUUAAACGAACGAAGCCGGUUUCAAGCAAUGUUUAGUAAAUCUUUUUGAAUAAAAUAAAAGAAAUCUAAAAUCAUGUAUUGUUGUUGGUUGUGAGAAAAAAAAUACAGAGAUCAAUGAAUCACGAUCUAUUCUACGCUUGUCUCGAAAGAAUUCCCAAUCUUGAAGUUAUUUGGCAUCUUUUCGAAAAGGAAAAAAAAAAAGAAAAAAAGAAAAGAUUUAAAGCGUAACUUAAUCGCUAAAUCGUUGGUGGCGACAUGCGAGUAACCUUGCAACGCGAAUCAAUUGAAGCGAUUACGUUUUUAACACGCGAGAGUCGAACGGUGGUGAAUCAGUGUAUCUUGGAGGACAGGGAUCGGAAAGAAAGUAAGUAGAAUAAGAAGAAUUGGUCGCGACUUAUAUCGUGAGCUUGUUGUUGCGUGUUCCGUAAAACGGAACCGAGAGCACUUCGGUUGACGAGGCUAAGGCGACGAUGAUGGGCGAUCCGCGUCGAUCGAGGGAGGCUCAGGACUCGCCGGAAAGUAACAACUUGAACUUAAAAGCCUCCGUGGAAGUGUUUAAUAAAACCUAGUCGUGGCUGGAGUUUUGAUGACCGUGAUUGGCCUCAGCGAUGAAGGGGGCGUCGAGUGCAUCCGGUGCAGCAGCUGCGACCGCUGCUUCGCAGGUGCAGCCUGUGGUCGGCUUACACGGCAGGAUACACGAUCUCUUUAGCCCGAUAACGGCGGCGAGCUGUGCGGACAAGGAGGAAUACGAGAAGCUCGCCGAAACGAAAACCAGGACAGACAAGAUCGAAGUAUUGCCCAAGGGAUACUCGAACGAUGACACUAAGGCUAAGUCCACGGCCAUGUCGCGGCUCCUAGCCGUUGAUUCUGACAAUUACAUGCUCCGCAAAGGCGCCACUUCGGCCAAUGGCGCCGUCGCCUCGACGUCCACCGUCCCCGCGAUAGUGCCGGCAGCCUCUAUAUCGAACGCCUCCUCGAUCGCACAAAAUUUGCAACUGCAUCCCAGACAGAUACCACCACCACGUAAUUUUCACACAAAACUCGGUUUCAACAGCAAUGGAACUUACAGUGAUCUCGAAACCAGCAUUGCGAUCACGACCAAAACUUGUACCAGCUCGAUUAAAACUAUGCCUGCUAACGAUCCUCCUCCACCAUCGGAACCACUCAAUUCUAAAGGAAGUGCCGCGUUGCUCUUGCCUAAACGACAUACCUCCGUUAAUCAGCAACAAAUCCACUCCGUUAAUAAUGCCGCUUCCUCGUCGUCCUCCUUUUGCUCCGUCACUUCUGUAACUUCGACAAAGUUUUUAAAUCUUCCUAUAAGCCGGAAGCAACAAUUUUCGAAACUAUCUUUGAUUACGGAUCAAUUCCGAUCAAAUCCAACGUCGAAAAGCACUUCGAAGGAAUUGCUUGAAAAUGCAGAGGAAUUUUCGCAUCUAUGGCCGAGCGGGUUAUUUCCUUGCGCGAGAACAGUAUCAUUUCAUCAGUAUCUGUGCUCGUGCAAUGAUUUUUCACAACAGAACAGUGAAUCGUCGAUAAAUGGUAAUGCUUACGAUGUAAUGGCAGAGAAGAGCGUCUAUUCGAAUUCAAUCGGUCAUGAGGGCUUUGGUGGCGAUAGCGGACAGCGUGCCCUUGACAAGGGCAUUGGAGCCGGCCGCGAGCCGGCUACUAUGCGUAAUCUAUGUUGCUGCAUGUGCGGUUCUCUAUGUCCUCCAGAGUGCCAUGCGUGCUUCCACGUGGUCUGCUCGGAGUACAGCGGGCAGCACCUCUGCCAAUGGAGUAGCAAGGGUCACGCGCUACCGGGCCAGGUUCUCGACAAGGACAAGCCCGUGAGCGAGUGGACAUCUUUAAACGUUGUCGAAUGGAUGGCUGCUCUAAAUCUCUACCGCUAUGCGGACGUCUUCAAAUCUAAGGAUAUCAAGGGGAGCGAUCUUCCUUUCUUGGACCGGGAUAAGCUGAUGAAUAUGGGCAUCAAGGAUGACUUCCACCAGAAGACCAUCUUGGCUUGCAUCGAGGAGCUCUGUCAGACACCGGUGGUCGGUGCUACGUUGUCGGCCUCCACGACCACGUUGAACGCGUCCUCCGCCAAUGUGGCCAACGAUGGUGGCAGCGGGUCCGUGGCCACCGGCAAUUCGCCUCACACCCUUAUGCCUCAGAGUUUCAGCGUGCUGGAGAAGUGCGAUAAGUGCCAUAAAUAUCUCAGGGGCCUCCUGCAUCAAGGCUUUCUCUGUCUAGAUUGCGGUCUGGUAGCUCAUAGGACGUGUACAGCGACGGGUUUACCCUCUAACUGUUUGCCGGUCGACUCGGAAAAUCGUGCUCAUAGAUUUACUCCAGUAUUCGGUCUUGGCCUGUGCUCGCAAUUCGACAUCUCCUCGCGUCCAGCUCCAUUGUUGGUGGAACGAUGCACCAGUGCCUUGGAGGAGAAGGCAUCCGAGGACAGCACGUUGGAUCUGUACAAAGUCUAUCACAGUAGUCCUCCUAACGAGCAAACCUUGGAAUUGCGGCAAAAAUUGAACGAAGAUGUGUGUAACGCUGAUUUAAGUUCGUAUAGUGCACAAUGCGUAGCGGGCGUUUUGAAAAAGUUUCUUCGAGAAUUGCCAGAUCCUGUGAUCCCUGUACAGUUUUACGAUAGAUUUAUAGAAGCAUCCAAUAUGAAGAACGAUGAACAGUGUGCGGCACGUUUGGGACAGCUCGUCUCGGAACUUCCGGAACAUCACCGUAGUACCUUGUUUCAUUUGAUGGCUCAUUUUUGUCGGAUCUGUCAAUUACAACACGGAAGGGGUUACAUAGAACCCCCUACCAUCCUUAUACAAGUGCUGUGUCAUAUCUUCGUCAGACCACCUUGGGAAAGGAUCGUACAAAUUGUUCACAAUAUAGAAGCUCAUAUACGAAUAGUGGAGGUGUUGCUGUUACAUGGCGAUUGGAACGAGAGACUACCACAAUUUGCAAGUCCACCGCAGUUACCGCCGCGAAAAGUUUCGAGGCCGCAGUUUCCAGUUUUAGAUCCAUUCUCCGUUCUCGACGAGGAUAAUUCUAUGGACCGAACAGUGUCAGUUUCAGAGAGCAAAGAGUCGCAACAGCAACCCCACAGACCACGCACGCUUCAGGAGGCUGAAUGGUAUUGGGGAGACAUCACUAGAGACGAGGUGAACGAGAAGAUGAUCGACUCGCCGGAUGGUACUUUUUUGGUACGUGAUGCGUCUUCUAAGGGUGGGGAGUACACGCUGACAUUGCGCAAAGGUGGGACCAACAAGCUUAUCAAGAUUUGUCAACGGAACGGAAAAUACGGCUUCUCGGAGCCGUAUAACUUUCAUUCGGUUAUCGAGCUGGUGGAUCAUUAUAGGAAUUGUUCUCUGGCGCAGUAUAAUUCGACCCUAGAUAUUAAGCUAUUGUAUCCGGUAUCUCGGUUUCAACAGGAUGAUGAAAUUGCGAGUACAACAGAUAUGGCGAACGUUGCCCAAAAAUACAUCGAGCUUGACAAAGACAUAACCGACGCGUUAAAAGAAUAUAAAGAUCUUUCGGAAUUAUACAAUAGGACGUCUUUCGAAGUACAGUUGAAACGACAAGCGUUAGAAGCUUUUUCGGAAGCUAUCAAAAUGUUCGAAGAUCAGAUGAAAUUGCAAGAGAAAUAUCAGAAAGAAGCUCAACCGCACGAAAUAUCAACAUUAACCGACAACGCAGAAUUAUUGAAACGAAGACUGAAAUCUUUAGAAGAUAGUAGAGAACAAUUGGACGGUAGCUUAAAGGAACAAAUCGCUUACAACAGAACUUUGGAAAGAGAGAUGCACAAAUUGAAACCUGAACUCUUGCAACUUGUACGACAAAGGGAUAAGCAUUUAAUAUGGCUGAAAAAAAAUGGUAUGAAGCAAAAUAAAAUAAGUCAACUCGUAUUGAAUCAUUCGUUAUCGAAUCCUUUGUUGGGUCAUCUGGCGUAUGGGGAACUUCAAGAGAUAGAUCUUGAGGUUCAUUCCGAUGAAAAGACAUGGCUUUACCUGGAAUGUUCUCGUUCCGAUGCUGAUCGUAUUCUUGCCGAUAGACCGGAUGGUACUUUUCUCAUUCGAACAUCAAGAACUGGACAAUACGCACUUUCCAUCAUGUGUAACGGUACAGUGAAUCAUUGCAUAAUAUACGGUACCGAACGUGGUUUUGGAUUCGCUGAACCGUACAACAUUCACAAGAGUUUAAAACACUUGGUGCUGCAUUACGCUCAGAAUUCUCUGGAAGAACACAAUGAGAGUCUUAAUACGACUCUAGCUUAUCCGGCUUUUGCCUCGCCUGCGGCGUUAUCAAAGUUACAAAUGAAGAUGCACACACAAAACCAAUUACAGUUAACACGUCCUCUCGAAAAUCAACAUUAUAUGACGCACACGUAAUACCCGAUCGUGUGCCGAUCAAUUACAAUUAUGGUUACAAAGAUAUUAGGAUAUAUACGUGUGCACGCAAGUUUUACUUGGUAUAUAUUACCAAGAUUUGAAAUCGAAAGUGAAUGCGAUGACGACAAAUAAUUUUUUCGAAGAAUGCAAAAUUUAUAUUCAUUUAAUCGAUAUGAUGGUAUUAAGGAGAAACUUAACACGCGACAAUUGAUCGUUCCAUUUUUAUAGGCUGGAAGUAAAAUGCUUCCUUAAACGAAGUACAGUGGUAUUGAUAAUGAAGUGCGAAACAUUUGAUAGCGAUAGUAAUCCUCGGAAGCUGUAGUAUAUAAGGUAAUUAUAUACGUAUGUUACCGUGGCGUAAUCGCAGUAAUUGUUUUGACCGACAGGAUCAAUGACACAUUUUACGCGCAAGAUUUUACAAUUUUCUCGAGGUCAACUGGUUUUGACAGAUCUUGUCGACAAUCAACGCAAAAAUUAACCGAGAGUGGAAAUAGUUUUUUCGCUGUCCAUUUAUUUUAUCGAGAUUAGGAAGAAAUACGCAUAUUUGGAUGUCGGAACGUGUCCCGUUACAUUUUUUCGAGAUGCACUUAUUCGAUCGAAUACGUCAGAGUAACAGAGGCAUAUAUCUAGUCUUAUAGGCAAAUUGAUGGAAGAAAUGAAUAAUAGAGCAGGACAGAAAACAUAAGUCUGACUAAGCUCAAACUACUCGCAACUUUCGAUUGGUAAUCAGGGUAGUUGCAUUUCAUUAAAAAAAGAAAAAGAAAAAAAAAAAAAGGAAAAAAAAUUUGAUACUAAUGACUAAGAUUGGAUGGAUGCAUCCGUUCAUUCCGGAACAAGCGGAUGCGAACAACAUACGUUUCUUAGACCGCUGUACUUCUGAUUCCUUCGAUAUAUUUUUUUUUUUUUUUUUUUUUCUGUGAAUAUUUCCCGAACCUCCGUUUUUGUAACGCACGAUAUACGCGGUCGUCGUUUACGUCGCGAAUGUGAUCGACAAGGUGUAAGAUCUUCAACAGUGAUACUAGGAUAUAUUAUUAGACGCAUCGCAACAUAACGUAAUCGAGCCUUUCGGAUGCUUACGGAACGUUUUUUGUAGUGAUUUACAACAAUAUUAAAAAUAGCAUCUAUCAGCUGUUGAACAAGUCAACAAUAAGAGGCUCGGAUAUCUCGAUCGAGAUAAUAAUAUAACUUCCUUUCGAUUUUUCGAUUUAAACGUGCCCGCCGCGUUACUUUCGAAUUUCAUUACAACGAAAGAUAAAAAAAUUUACACGGAUGCGCGGGAGCUUUUUUAUAUGUACGUUACGUAGAUUUCAAGUGCUGUGCCAGAUCUGUGUAGGCUAUUACUACGCGUGUCUAAGGCUAAUACAGGUGUGAGUACUAAGAGAGAGAGUGUGAGAGUACGAGUGACAGAGAGGGAGAGCGAGAGGGGGAGAGCGAGAUCACUUUUCGAGAAGUUAAACAUAUAUUGUCUGUGAUUUCGGAUUGCCGAGAAAGGAGAUAUAUAUAUAAUAUUAUCUUGUCUAUUAUUUUCCAUUCGCUUUUUACAAUUUGCUUUUCUUCUUCUAUUAUCACUUACCGUUCUUUUCCUUUAAGAUUUACGAAGCGUGUAAUCGUUGAUUCAAUACACGCGUCGAUUUCGACGGAUAUAGUAUAAUUAUAAUACAUCGCGGACAUUGUACGUGCAAAAGCUAUUCGUGAUUUUAUUAAUCGUGAUUUUUUUUUUUUUUUUUUUUUUUUCUUUUUAAUUACGUUCGAUUCAUCAAUCACUUUUUUUCGAUACACAGCGUCGAAGUUUUACGUAUCUCGUCGCGCUUCUUUCUCUUUCAACUCGAAGUAUUUCCGUGUCCCCGAAAACGUGUUGCGAAACGUCGAUAAAAUUUUGAUUUUAUCUGUAUUCUCGUCUCAUCGAAUAUGGAUAAAAUCUGUGCACGCGUAACGUGACGUUCUCGCAAGUGACGUUAAAUAGGAUCGAUCUCUUCUCGCUUUCAAAGACGUCAAAGCUUAUCGCGUAUUCUUUGAAUGAUCUCAAAGGUGGCAGCGAGGAUCUCGUCGGUUGGGACGGUAACGAGAAGAAUCGCGGAAAGAAUCGGUCGCGAUUGAAUCGAUACUCGAGAAAUUUUACGUAUUACAUUGCGGUCUGGUAAUCGUAAAAGUGUAUCGAGGACGAUUCGCGCGUACACAGAUUCUUCGACUUGUAGCGGUCACUCGAGUCGAAACGACGAUUCGUCCCGUUCCCGUUCUUUCCCAUGAUCCUCGUGAUCCAUCGUAUAGUCAAAAGAAAUUAAAUCGUGCAAAUAAAUCGAGCGAGAAACAAAUUGGAGUUUGAAAGAGUCGAAAGCGGGGCGACGAGUUUUUAAUUUUCUUUUAUUUUUCUUCCGUUUGUUUGCGCAGUAUAGGAUGACGAAUUUCGAGGACAGGCAAGAACUGUGAGCAAAGAUUAAAAGGAUGACUAGAAAGGGAAAAAGAUUACGGAAAAGAAAAGAAAGGCUCGUUGCUCAUCCUAAAAAAAAAAAGCUUCGAAUUACAAUAGAUUUAGGUAGUUUAGGUUUUUUAUACGAAAGAAAGAAAGAAAAAAAAAGAAAUUAAGUGCCCUGGCGCUGAUAGGCUUAUAUAUAGAUUCCAUGGUGUCCAAUCGCGUGCAGGUGCAGUGUUCGAUUGUUGUUCAAUCGUGUUUGUCACCGGAUCAUUAGAUUCUUGCUCCCCGGAUGUUUCGAUCGAUCCAAGUUAUUUAAAUGUGUGUUUCCGAAAAUCGAUUGUUCUCUUCGCAGAUUUUAAUCUAUUUCAUUGAACGUGCUUUUUUUUCGAUUUUAACGUUGCUUUUCAUGAUUGCCAUUUUGCACGAAAAGAAGAUAUAAAUAAAUAAAUAAAUAAAUAAAUAAAUAAAAAAGGAGAGGAUUCGAGGAAAAAUAUUAUUAUUAAUGGGAAGAAGAAAGAGAGCUACGUUAGAAUCGACGAUUAAAAUAAACGCAUGCAAUUACAUUUUCAGAUUGAAAAUGUUUAAAAAUGGUAAAGAGGACAACGAUAUUUUGCGAAUAUAAUUAAUGAGAUCGGAGCAAUCGGAGGCGCGCGAUUCGGUGACGAAAGUUUUACGUUAUAAUCAAUUGUAACGGCGACGAGUUCGGGAUCAGCGUUGAAAUCUUGAAAUAGAAAUAAAUACGCAUAGAGAUUUUCGAAACUCAUGAUCAUUAUCACUCCUUUUUCUAGAUGGUUCUCAAGUUUGAGAGAACACAGUUCCGCUUCUUUUUUUUUCUAACGCGAUGAUCCAUCUGAUUUCUCGCGACUCGAUCUCGUCGUCCUUUUUCAGCAGGAGCAAAUUACACACAAGCAAAAUAUGACCAUAUACACGACCAUCGUACAUUCAUUA